AUGGCGGGUCGCGCCGAGCGCAGCGGCCCCGCGGCGAGCAGCGGCCCCGCGGCGAGCGGCGGCGCCACGGGCCUCCUCCCGUUCCUCCUGCUGCUUCUCUCCGCCGCCGCCAUCAUCCCCAGAGGUGACGGUCAGAACUUGGUCACGGAAGAUGUGACGGUGGUGGAGGGAGACGUCGCCACCAUCAGCUGCCGCGUCAAGAACAGCGACGACUCCGUGAUUCAGCUCCUGAAUCCCAACAGACAGACGAUUUACUUCAGAGAUUUCAGGCCACUGAAGGACAGCAGGUUCCAGCUGGUGAACUUCUCCAACAGCGAGCUGCGAGUGUCCUUGACAAACGUCUCCAUUUCCGAUGAAGGGAGGUACUUCUGCCAGCUCUACACCGAUCCCCCCCAGGAGAUCUACACCACGAUUACCGUGCUCGUCCCGCCGCGCAAUCUGGUGAUCGAUAUCCAGAAAGAAGUCGCCAUCGAGGGGGAAGAGAUUGAGCUGAACUGCACUGCCAUGGCCAGCAGACCAGCCACCACCAUCAGGUGGUUCAAAGGAAACAAGGAGCUGAAGGGCAAGUCGGAGGUGGAGCAGUGGUCCGACAUGUACACGGUGACCAGCCAGCUGGUGCUGAAGGUGGGACGGGAGGACGACGGGGUCCCUGUCAUCUGCUUGGUGGAUCACCCUGCUGUCAAAGACUUGCAGACACAGCGUUACCUGGAAGUCAUGUAUAAGCCUCAAGUGAGGGUUUCUCAGAACUACCCGGUGCAGGGCCUGACGAGAGAAGGGGAGCCGCUGGAACUGACCUGCGCAGCUUAUGGCAAACCACAGCCUACGGACAUGAGGUGGUUAAGAGUAGAUGAUGAGAUGCCUCAACACGUUGUAGUGUCUGGUUCAAACCUUCUCAUUAGUAACCUAAACAAAACAGAUAAUGGUACAUACCGCUGUGAGGCUUCAAACGCGGUGGGGAAAUCACAUGCGGAUUACAUGCUGUUUGUAUACGAUCCCCCCACAACUAUCCCUCCUCCCACAACAACCACCACCACUACCACCACCAUCCCUACCACCAUCACAGACACAACGGCGACGACAGAACCGGCAAUUCACGAUUCUCGUGCAGGUGAGGAAGGGGCGAUUCGGAGCGUGGACCAUGCCGUGGUUGGUGGCGUCGUGGCCGUGGUCGUGUUUGCCAUGCUCUGCUUGCUCAUCAUUUUAGGGCGAUAUUUUGCCAGACAUAAAGGUACAUACUUCACUCACGAAGCCAAAGGAGCAGAUGAUGCAGCCGACGCAGACACAGCCAUCAUCAACGCAGAGGGAGGACAAAACAACUCCGAGGAGAAGAAAGAGUACUUCAUCUAGAGCAGCCUUGGUUUCUAUGAGGUGUCCAACCGUGGAUGGUUACUACUGGCCCUAUUUAAACGCUCAAGAGACAGUGAUAUUGGAAGUUGCAACCAGCUUGUGUCUUCUUUUUUUUUUUCUUUAAAGAAAAAAGCGAGUAGGUGGAGAGUGGUGAGGCUGGGAGGGUCCGGGAUUUGCUGUGUAAAAAUGUUCCUCGUCAAGUACACUCUGCUGUUCGACACCUCGGUUCGUUUGGGUUUUCUUUUUUUGGCCAAGUCCAGCUUGGAUUUAGUUUAGUGAAGU